GGAGGGCUGUUCUUUUUAUGUCUCAUAGGUUUGAAAGUGUGAAAAAUUUAUUAUUAGUAUAUAAUCAUGCUGACCAGUCAUUGUAUUUUAAUUUAUGUGAACAAAUAUGAACAAGAGUUUUUGAAUGAUUGAAUGUUAUUGAGAUGAUACUUCUUGUAAGGAUUUUUUUUACUCAACAUUAGAGUUACAAGAAUUAUAGGUUUCAAUCCUGUUGUUCUUUGAGUUAUGGGUCAAAGGAUUCUGGUGCUACUGCUGCUUGUAUUCAUCAAAAUUUUUAUUAUAGCAGCACAGACAGACCCAGAAGAUGCUGUUGCUCUAAAGGCUCUUGGGAGUAGCUGGACGAACACACCAUCCAAUUGGGUGGGCUUUGAUCCUUGUGGCGGCGGUUGGGUAGGAAUUGAGUGCACCAAUUCACGUGUGACCUCCAUAAUAUUGACAAGCAUGAAUUUGACGGGUCAGCUAUCCGGAGAUAUCGGGUCGUUAUCUGAGUUACAGACUCUGGAUCUAUCUUCCAACAAUCUCAUGACAGGACCACUACCACAGGCAAUUGGGAAUUUGAGGAACCUAUCAUUCUUAUGCCUGACUGGUUGCGGAUUCUCUGGUCCUAUUCCAUACACAAUCGGAUCUCUGCAGCAGCUACGCAAUCUAGCUCUGAAUUCUAAUAAAUUCUCUGGACCAAUUCCAAAUUCAAUUGGUAAUCUGUCCAAUCUCCUUUAUUUGGACCUUACUGAUAACGAGCUUAGUGGAUCCAUCCCAGUCUCUAGUGGGACUACACCCGGUCUUGAUAUGCUACUUCAAACGAGUCACUUUCAUCUUGGAAAGAACAAGCUGUCGGGCACAGUCCCACCUCAACUUUUCAGCUCAAACAUGAAUCUCAUACAUGUGCUUUUUGAUAAUAAUAAUUUAUCUGGUAUCAUCCCUUCCACCCUUGGACUUGUGCAGACCUUGGAGGUGGUACGCUUGGAUAGAAAUUCACUAAGUGGGCCAGUGCCUCCAAAUAUCAGUAGUCUUGCAAAUCUUAUCGAGCUGUCCUUGUCCAACAACAACCUGACUGGCCCCAUGCCCAACCUUACUGGCAUGAACCUCCUCUACAAUUUGGAUAUGAGCAAUAACAGUUUUGACAUUUCGGAUGUUCCUCCUUGGAUUACCUCCUUACAGUAUUUGACAACAUUAAUGAUGGAACACACACAACUUGAAGGACCAAUUCCUGCUAAUCUGCUCAGCCUUCCCAAUUUAGAGAUAGUGGGACUGACCAACAACCAUCUCAAUGGCACCCUGAAUAUUGGUACCACGCAUACAAGCCUAUUGCAACGCAUCGAUUUAAGGAACAAUUCUAUCAUUAAAAUAACUGGAGGAAACAACAUCACAAUAUUACUUGAGGGUAACCCAGUUUGUGAGAAUACAGAUCAAGUGACAGAGAUUUACUGCAAUGUUUCCACAUCAAGUUCCUCAAAUUUGAUACCACAAAAUAACUGCUUGCAAAUUUACUGCAAUUCGGAUCAGGUUGCCAGCCCCAACUGCAAAUGUGCCUAUCCAUACAAGGGCACUCUAUUCUUUAGAGCACUUUCCUCCUUAGACUUAGGAAACUUAACUUACUAUUUUGCUCCAGAGGAGUCGCUCAAUCAAAAUUUGAAGUCCUAUGAACUUCCUGUGGAUUCAGUUUCUCUGAGUAAUCCCACAAUAGACUCAUUUGGUUACCUUGAAUUGAGCCUGGAAGUUUUCCCAUCCGGUGAAGACCGUUUUAAUGAAACGGGAAUUACUAUGAUUGGAUAUGUUCUUAACAAAAUGAGUUUCAACCCAACCCGUCUGUUUGGACCCUAUUUUCUUAUUGCUGAUACAUCUGAUUACCACGCAGGAUCAAAUAAAGGGAGAAGCAGUGGCAUUAUAAUUGGAGCAGCAGUUGGUGGUUCCGUCCUUUUGUCAUUACUAGUCCUUGCAGGAGUAUAUGCUUUCCACCAAAAGAAAAGAGCAGAAAGAGCUAUUGAACAGAAUAAUCCCUUUGCAAAUUGGGAUCUGAAUAUGGGAAGUAGUAGCGUUGCCCCCCAAUUAACAGGAGCUAGGCUGUUCUCUUUUGAUGAGCUUAAGAAAUACACCAACAAUUUUUCAGAAGCGAAUGGUAUUGGAUCUGGGGGUUAUGGGAAGGUCUAUCGGGGGACUCUUUCCACUGGUCAACUGAUUGCCAUCAAACGAGCUCAAAGAGAUUCUAUGCAGGGUGGGCAUGAAUUCAAAACUGAGAUUGAACUUCUAUCAAGGGUCCAUCACAAGAAUCUCGUCACUCUUGUGGGUUUCUGUUUUGAGCAAGCUGAACAAAUGCUGGUAUACGAGUACAUUCCAAAUGGUACUUUGAUGGACAGUCUUUCAGGGAAGUCAGGAAUCAGGUUAAAUUGGAUGAGUAGACUUAGAGUAGCCGUUGGUGCAGCCAGGGGUCUGGUCUAUCUGCAUGAACACGCGAAUCCUCCCAUUAUACAUAGGGACAUCAAAUCAAAUAACAUUCUACUGGAUGAAAGUUUAAAUGCAAAAGUUGCCGAUUUUGGACUCUCUAAGCCUAUGACGUUUGACAGCCGAAGAAAUUAUGUCAGUACUCAAGUUAAAGGAACAAUGGGAUACAUGGAUCCUGAAUAUUACAUGACCCAACAGCUAACUGAGAAAAGUGAUGUGUAUAGCUUUGGAGUGCUACUAUUGGAGCUAAUAACUGCAAGAAGGCCAAUAGAGCGAGGGAAGUACAUCGUGCGACUUGUAAGGAAUGCAAUGGAUAAGACAAAAGAAUUAUACAAUCUUAAUGAAAUUCUUGACCCAACCAUUGGUUCGGGAACAACGCCAAAAGGUUUAGAAAGGUUUGUGGACCUGGCAAUGUGGUGCGUUGAAGAAUCAGGAGCCCAAAGGCCUACAAUGGGUGAGGUGGUAAAAGAGAUCGAGACCAUUAUGCAGCUUUCUGGGUUGAACCCCAAUUCUGAAUCCGCAUCCAGUUCGGCUACUUAUGAGGAAGCCGGUAAGGGUCGUUCCCACCACCCUUACAGCGAUGAUGACUUUUAUUAUAGUGAGUCCUUCCCUCCUUCAAGAUUGAUAGAGCCUACGUGAAUAUUAUUUUCACAAUUUAGAAUGCUCAUCUUGGUAGCAAAAAUUUGAUUAUUUGUAUAUGUCCUUUUGGUUUUAAUCUUUUCAAAACUACAUGUAGACAUGUAGUCCC